AGGUAUAGUUUAGAGAGGGGAAGGGAAGGAGAUUAUUGAGGAUUAGAGGUACACAUGGCCCAUCCAAUCCAUGGGUGUUGAAUCAAUAAAGAGACUUGUUUCAGUAGCUAUAUUAAAAUUCAAGGAAACUGUGGGGAAAUCAGGUGUGGUGCAUAUAUCUGAUUUUUAACCAGAUUGUUGAUACCAACAUUCCACCAUCCCAUCCAUCCCUUCUCUGUUUUUGACUGUCACUCUCUCAAGCACACAAGUUAGCAGUGGGUGUGCUUUCUUUGCCUUCCCUUUUCCAAUAUUUUUCUGAAUAUCUCUCCCUUCAUGUGGUCUUUACCUUCCUUAUUUCUUGCAUCAUUUUCUGCUAUUAAAAACCCCCAAAUCCUAAACAGAAAGAUCACUACUUUCAAAUCUGUCUGUCAUUGAACUCGUUAUAAUCCCAAAAGGAGUCAUUUUUAUACCUUUUUUUUUUUGGGAGGGGGGUGUGUACCCUUAUGAAGAAGGAUCUGCGUUCACAUUGGAGUUUAAGGUUCCUUAUUAUAUAUAGGAAGAUGGUGACUAGAAAUGGGAUGUUAUACCCAAUUCUUGGAUUUGCAUCAUGUGUGGCUUUUCUUUACAUGUCUUUUGGUGACUUGAAGCUUAGUGCUAGUUUCACCAAGGGACCGAGGUUUAGUUUUGUGGAAAGGAAUGGGACUCAAUUCUUUUUGAAUGGUAAACCAUUAUACGUUAAUGGAUGGAAUUCUUACUGGUUAAUGGCCCAUUCUGUGGACGAAAGCAGUAGACCUAAGGUCAGUGCAAUGUUGCAAGCUGGUGCAAAGAUGGGACUUACUGUUUGUAGAACUUGGGCCUUUAAUGAUGGAGGUUAUAAUGCUCUCCAGAUUUCCCCUGGCCAAUUUGAUGAGCGAGUUUUCAAGGCCUUGGAUUAUGUCAUUGCAGAAGCAAGGCAACAAGGAAUUAGGCUGCUUCUCAGCUUGGUAAAUAACUUGCAACCAUAUGGCGGAAAGACGCAGUAUGUCAACUGGGCAUGGCAAGAAGGCGUUGGUUUGAGCUCUUCUAAUGAUUCCUUCUUCUUUGAUCCAUCUAUCCGCAAAUAUUUCAAGAAUUAUGUCCUGACUGUCCUUACCAGGAAGAACACUAUCACUGGAAUUCAAUAUCGGAAUGAUCCCACCAUCUUUGCUUGGGAGUUGAUAAAUGAACCCCGUUGCAUGACUGAUCCUUCUGGGGAUACUCUUCAAGAUUGGUUAGAAGAGAUGUCGGCUUUCAUAAAAUCAAUCGACAAAAACCAUCUCUUGACCAUUGGCUUAGAAGGAUUUUACGGUCCUUCAAGCCCCAAAAAGGCAACUGUGAAUCCAGAACAGUGGGCCUCGGCCCUUGGAGCUGAUUUUAUGCGCAACUCGAACAUUACAAACGUUGAUUUUGCCUCUGUUCAUAUAUACCCCGACCAGUGGUUUCAUGGUCUCGGGUUCGAAGAAAAACGGAACUAUGUUUCCAAGUGGAUGCACUCGCACAUUGAAGAUUGUGACAAGGAACUGAAGAAGCCAGUUAUGUUCACCGAAUACGGUCUGUCAGACCAGAACAAAGACUUCCAGCUAUCCCAAAGAGAGCAGCUUUAUAGAACCAUUCAGGACAUCAUUUAUAAAUCUGCAAAGAAGAAAGGGUCGGGGGCAGGUGCUUUAGUCUGGCAGUUCUUUGUAGAAGGAAUGCAGGAAUAUAGUGAUGAUUUCGGGAUGGUACCAUGGCAGUCCCCGCCAAUUUACAAACUCACCAUAGAACACUCGUGCAAAUUGGCUAGAAUCCAAGGACUUAUUCAAGAAAACGGAAACCUCAAACAACUGUGUUCCAAGAGAAAGUAAAGCUAGCGCUUGCUAUCAGAAAAUUCAAUUCUUUCUGGUGAGUUAAUUUGUGCGAGAUAUAUAUUGGUAUUGUAUCAAUUUUUUUCUUCUAAUAUCCAUACAAAUUACUAUGUAUUAAGUAGAGAGGCAUAUAUAUAUAUAGCACAAGAUUGCAAGUUCGCUGCAAAAACUUGGGUGAAUCAUCGACAAUGAUUAACAUAUUUUCAAUUCAUUGUAGAAAUUUGAAUGGAUCCCAUUAAGCGUUGCGCUUCAAA